AUGAUUUCGAUCCUCCCAACUUACUUUAGUGCGAGGUUGGGCCUUGCUACGGGUAUCGCGUCUUCUGGCUCCUCCAUGGGCGGGGUCAUCUAUCCUAUUGUGAUAAAGAGCUUGAUGUACAAGAUUGGCUUUAGCUGGACGACUCGAGUGCUUGGCUUCAUGGCGUUCGGUAUGCUACUGGUUCCUGUCUUUUUGAUGAAGGAACGCGUCAGACCCACUACGAGGGUAGCCCGGGCGCUCAUCGACCGUUCUGCCUUUACCGACCAGCCAUUUAUCAUCUUCAUACUUGCUACGUUGAUCGGCUUCAUCGGCUUGACCAUUGCGCUGUUUUAUCUCUCCUCGUUUGCUCUGACCCAGAGAAUCACUGACGAGGACUUCGCCUUCUAUAUAGUCCCAUUGUACAACGCCGCAUCUGUGUUUGGUCGCAUUGCGCCGAACUUUCUUUCCGAUAGAAUUGGUCCGUUCAACGUUAUAGCACCCUGUGCUAUGAUUACAGGCGUUCUAAUGUUUUGCCUCGUCCCUCUCCGUGCCGGGCAAGUCGGCGCGAUGGUUACUUUGACCGUACUCUUGGGCUUUUUCAGCGGGGUAUUUGUAGCUAUUCCUGGUACUUGCUUCCCCCGUUUAACAAAGGACAAAAGUAUGCUUGGCACACGGGUUGGAAUGGGAUUCGGUGUCAUCGGUUUUGGGAUGCUUGUUGGAGGCCCUGGCGCUGGGCGAGUACUCAGUCCAAGUUCAAGCCCGACCGGGGCGCUGGAUUUUACGGGACUAUGGAUCUUCGGGGGAGUGGCUGCAAUUGCGUCUGGGCUCCUCUAUUGUGUAGUUCGUUUCCUCCUAGCUGGAUCCAAGCUGGUAGUCAAGGCUUAG